AUGCGAUCAGUUGGAAACUCCAGUGAUUCUACUUGGGAGGAUUUUUUGAAGGUGGAGAGGAAGCGAAUUGACGGGAUGGUGGAUGUUAAGCGUGACAAGGCAAGUCACCGUUUACAGCCACCUAAACUACCCGUGAGUAAGUGCUCUGACUUCUCCUUCUAUCAGACCCUUGGACGAGGAGGCUUUGGUGAAGUGCGCCUCCUUCGACACAAAACCACACAGACCUGGCACGCUGCGAAGAUAUUGUUGAAGGCAUUUGUCAUAAGCAAGGGGCACGUCACUCACGUUAACAACGAACGAGCUAUUUUGGCCCUGUGCGACAUGCCCUUCAUUGUGCAACUCAAUUACGCUUUUCAGGAUUUGAAGCGGCUCUAUUUGGUAAUGGAAUUUGUGCCGGGUGGGGAUCUUUUUUCAAUGCUGCGGCAUUUACAUCGUUUCGAUGAACGAUUAGCCCGUUUUUAUGGGGCACAAGUGCUUCUGGCCCUGGAGUAUCUUCACCAUCUGCAAAUCAUUCAUCGGGAUAUAAAGCCAGAGAAUAUAAUGAUUUCUCACAACGGCUAUGUGAAGUUAGUUGAUUUUGGCUUUGCCAAAUUUGUAAUCCAUCGGACAUACACCUUCUGUGGGACACCGGAGUACCUAGCACCAGAGAUUUUAAGGCAUCGUGGCUAUGGAUUUUCCGUUGAUUGGUGGGCCUUUGGGAUUCUGCUCUAUGAAAUGGUUGUCGGCGCUUCGCCGUUUGUCAGUCGGGAUGUUGCCAAUACUUAUGCCAAGAUCCUCGAUCCUCGACGCGAUCCUUUAGAGAAUGUCAUCACAAGUGGGCUGGUACGUAUAGGCGAAACUCUGCGCCAUCUUUUGCGCCAGUUACUCCAGCGCGAGGUGUCUCAGCGAUACGGCUCGUUGGCGAGGGAGGGCCCAAGGGAGAUUCGGAACCACCCAUGGUUUUCUAGUGUUGAUUGGGACAGUCUCUUUGAGCAAAAGAUUUCCCCGCCUUAUGACUACACGAUGACCCCCAGACCUUCAGCACACGAACAUGCAGAUCAGGCCCUGGAAAAUAAUUUCACCAUUUUUGAAGAAUUCUGA